CAAAACAACAAAAUAAUAUGUUACAACUUUCAUUCAAAACUCCUUCACUUCUAGUCUUAAAACAUUCUUCCCAUUUUCAACCGGAAAAAACACUCCGCCGGCCGUCAAUCUAACACAACUCCGAUCUCCUAACAACUUCUAUCUCUCUCUCAAUGUCUUCACUAUUUAACCUUUUGACAACAUUCUUACUCCUAUGGACCUUCGUUUCAUUAAACUUAUUAUCAUCGGCGUUGCUGAUAAAUCCGGCCGCCGGAUCUCGAUCACUCUUACGUGUCGUUGACGGCGCCGGAAAUCAGCCUGGUUUUGCGGUUGAUUUGAACGUCACUAAUUUUGAUCAAGCUUUUAAGGAUGCCACCACUACUUACGCCAUUGUUGAGUUCUUCGCUCACUGGUGCCCGGCUUGCAGAAAUUAUAAGCCCCAAUAUGAAAAGGUUGCUAGGCUUUUUAACGGAGCCAAUGCUGCUCAUCCCGGGAUUAUAUUCAUGACUCGAGUAGAUUGCGCGGAUACGAUAAAUACUAAGCUCUGCGAUAAAUUCUCUGUUACUCACUACCCGUCACUCUAUUGGGGCCCGCCUUCUAAAUUUGUUGGUGGUGGGUGGGACGGAAAAGAUGAAAAAAGUGAGAUUCGUUUUAUUGAUGAUGGAAGAACCGCUGAUCGUUUGCUUAAAUGGAUUAAUUCACAAUUAGGAAGUUCAUAUAAGCUUGAAGAUGAGAAACAUGAAAAUGAUCACGUUACUCGUUCAAAUGUGUCGGACCCUGGACAGAUUGCACAGGCUGUAUAUGAUGUUGAAGAGGCUACAAUUAUUGCAUUUGACAUGAUUCUAGAAAACAAGCAGAUGGUUAAACCAGAGAGUAGAGGUACACUUAUCAAGUUCAUGCAACUAAUGGUGUCUCAUCAUCCUUCCAGAAGGUGUCGGAGGGGAACUGCGGAUAUACUUGUCAAUUUUGAUGAUUUAUAUCUUUCAAAAAAACAUGGUCUUUUGGAUGAAUUUGGCAUAUGUGGAAAAGAAGCUUCUCGGGGAUAUUGGACGUUUUGUCGUGGCAGCACGAAUGAUACCAGAGGCUUCAGUUGUGGUUUAUGGGUUCUGUUACAUUCAAUCUCAGUGAGAGUGGAAGACGGAGAAAGUCAAAUGGCGUUUACAACUACUUGUGAUUUUAUCCACCAGUUUUUUAACUGUGAGGAGUGCAGUGAACAUUUCUACAAUAUGUGCUCAAGGGUGUCUACUCCAUUCGGCAGCAAGCGUGAAUAUGUACUCUGGUUAUGGACUGCACAUAACGAAGUCAACAAGAGACUAAAGAACGCCGAAGAAUCUCUUAAAACCAGUGACCCCAAAUUCCCAAAAACAAUCUGGCCUACAAAACGCCUUUGUCCAACCUGCUACAACAACCAUAAUCAAAACGAAGAAAGCAGCUCAAUUGACUGGAACCACGAUGAGGUGUUCAAGUUCUUAAGCAGUUACUAUGGAAACAUGCUGGUGUCCCUAUACAAGGAGAACGACGAAGAACAAAUUCAGAUAAAAAACAAUGCAGUUUCGGAACAAGUAUUGCAGUCAACAAAUGCACUUGUGGUUCCUGCGGGGGCCGCUUUGGCGAUAGCUGCGGCAAGCUGUUUGUUUGGUGCACUUGCUUGGUUUUGGCGGUCGCGACAGAAGAACCGGAAGCCAAGAAGAAGUUGAAGCUGACGAGACCGGAAUAGUUUGGUGUGCAAAAGCAAGUGAGUUGAGGCCCCCUUCUAAUUUCUUAUUUGACAUACAUUACAAUUUACAUAUACAAUUAAGGAUUCUGGAAGAUUUUAGAUUUAUUAAAGCAAGAUAUGCUGACGAUUUAAAUUGUAUUUUAAAGUCUAACAUUUUAUAA